AUGAAAAUGGAAAACAAUUUUUCGAGUACAUCCUCAAGCCACCAACAUGAAUAUGGUGAUGAGACAGUUGUAAAUACAACUAAAAAUGUUGAUAUACAUUAUACAUCCAAUAUUAAUAAAAUAAAUGAAUAUAUUGAAAAGCUAGAUAUGUUAGAUAAUAAUUUUGAUUUAAAAAUAACUUUAAAUCAACAAAGGGAAAAAGAAAAUUUUAUCAACAAUAUUGACAACAUAAAUAUCUAUAUAAAAAAACACAUGUCAUUUAAAAAAAAAUUAAGCGAAAUAAAUAAAUCUUUUAAAAAAAACUGUAACUAUGAUGCCUUUUCUAAAAUUGAAAAUGUGUAUAAAACUAUAUCAAAUAUCAAUUCAUCCUAUGAAUUUAUUAUAUUAAAAAUAAAAAUUGAAGAUUAUAUAAAUAAAAUCGAAGAAAAUUUAAAAAUAAAUAAUUACAUUGAUACUAUUCCAUUUUUAAAGUUAUUUUUAGAAAUACGGAAAAACAUAUUUAAAUAUAAUUCAUUAUAUUUUCUAAACCAUAAUGAAAAAAAAUAUGAGCAAAAAUUUUCCAACUUUUUAAAUGACGAGGAUAAAACUAUUCAAAAUGAUAUAACGGAUUAUGUUAAUUAUAAAAGACCUUUUAUUUUUCAAAAUAAUUUAGAUAAAAAAAAAGCGAAUGAACAUGUUCAGGCAUAUACACAAAUUUACGAAAUGAAUAAAGACAAAAUAGAUUUGCUUAAUAGAUAUUAUAAUCGAGUAAAAGAAAUGAUAGAAAAUGAAAUAAUUGAAUUAAUUAAAAAAAAAAAUAUUGAAAAUGUAAAGGAUAAAAUAAACAUUUAUCUUAGUUUAUUCACAACACAAAAUAAAAAAAACUUUGAAAAUAAGACAGAUAGUAUAGAUUCACCAUUGAACAAUACUGACAAGAAAAAUAAUUCUAAAGAAAUGUUGUUUAAAGAAAAUGUAAAUAAUAAAAAAAGUGAUAAUUCGAAUUAUAGUAGUAAUGAAAGUGAUAAAAAUAAUGAAAAACAUGAAGAAAAAUAUGAUGAUAAAAAUAGAAAUAUUGAAAAUAAUUUAUUAAAAGACAAAAAAGAUGAGGAAAGUGACAAUAAUACAUUAUAUAAAUGUAAUAAAAUAGAAAAUAAAAAUGAUUUAGAUAAUUAUUUAAUAUAUUAUGAUGAAUAUUUAUUUGUUUGUAUAGUUAUAUAUACACUUGUAGAAAUAGAAAUAGAUAAAAUAAUAGAUUUGUUAAAAAAAAAAAUAGUUAGUAAAGAAGAUAAUAUUUAUAUUGAAUGCAUAAAAAAAUGUUAUAGUUGUUUAUAUAAAUAUAAUUUAUAUUUUGAAAAGUUAGUUAAAGAUAAUUUAGUAUAUAUAAUAUAUAAUAGAAAAAUCGAAUUAAUAUAUAAUAAAAUAAUUAGUGUAAUAUUUCGAACAUUUUGCUCCCAUGUAAAGUUAUGUAUAAACAGUUUUGAUGAAUUAAAAGAUUAUGAUAAAAAUAUAGAAAUUUUAUCAUUGUUAUGUUAUAAUUUUGUUAAUAUAAAAAUAUAUUUACAUGAUUUAUAUAAUAAUAAAUUUCAAAAAUUAAACAAUAUAUUUGAUAUAAAAAAUUAUAUAAAUACAAAUAUAUAUUCAAAUACAAAUGGUAUAUAUAAAAAUAUACCAUAUAUAAAUAUUAUACAAGAUUCUAUAUGUUCUUAUAUAGAUCAUGAAAUUUUAUUUUCUAGACAUUGUAUAAAUAAAGCAUUUAUAUUGACAGACGAUAUUAUGUUAUCUCUGAUUGAUGAUGAAAAUAAUAAAAUCAUCGAGCCAUUUAAUAAAAAUAUUUCGACAUAUAAUGAUGAAGUAUAUAGUAUUAAUAGUGCAGGUAAUAAUAAUGAAUAUACUUCCACUUUUUUAGAAGAUUCUUUUUUUAUUUUUCAAAAAUCUGUUUGUAGAAGUAUAAAUAUGAAUGAUAUUAAUAUUAUAUGUGUUUUGAUAAAUAAUAUUAUGAUAAUAAUAUCUACUACUUUAAAAGAAUAUUUAAAAGAUAAUAUAAAAACAAGUAAAAGUAUAUAUUCUUCAUUUAUUCAUGAUAUAAAUAAUUUAAAAAAAUUUUCUUUUAAAAAAUUGUUAAAAAGCAUAGAUAAUAAUAAUUAUACAGAAAAUAGUAAGAAUAAUAAGACUGUGCAAAUAGCUCAAAAUUUUGUAACAUCAUUAAGUUAUAUUAGUUCUGAAAAUAAUAAUGAUGAUGAUAAAAAAAGUAAUUUUCAUAAUUAUAAUGCUAUUGAUAUUUCAAAUAAUUCCUAUACUACACAUUAUGGCCAGACAAUUGCUUCAGACAAUUUAUUUACUGGACAAUCUACAAAUCAUACAAAAAUAAUUGAUAAUAUAAAAAUUGAUGAUAUUUAUAAUUAUUUAUCUCAAAAUAAUUAUAAUAAUUUAUACAACCCUUUAAAUAAUAAUCAAGAUAAUAAUAUAGAAAAUCAAAUUAUUAAUUCAAAAUUUAGUUAUCCUCAUUGUAUUAAUAAUAUUGAAGCAUGUUAUCAGUAUAUACAAAAAUAUAAAAUUUUUAUUCAUGAUUAUUUUUCUGAACGAUUUUUACAAAAUGAUGUAUCUCAAAAAAAAAAAACUCAAAAUUAUUUACUAAUGUUUAAUAAUGCAUUGACUAAUUAUGAUAAUAUUUUAAAUGAUUAUGAAAAAUUAAAUAUAGAAAAUUGUAAAAAUUUAUUAAAUAUUUUAAAAAUACAUUUUGUCUCUCAAUUAGUAGUAAUAGAAAAUAUCAACUUUGACAUUUCUAGCGAACAAUAUUCUUAUUACCAAUUAAAUGACCCAUAUAUACAUAAUUUAAUAGUUAAGAUUAAGUUAAUUUUACAUCACAUAUCUCUUUAUUUUAAUCAAAACAUUUUCCAUAUAAUUGUAAACAUGUUGGCUGAAAAGAUUUGCAAAUAUAUCGAACGGAUUAUAAUGACAAAGAAAUUCAGCCUUUAUGGAUGUGUGCAAAUAGAUAACGACAUAAGAAAUCUCAUGCUAUUUUUUACUUCAGUAACAAGUAUUAAUAUAAAGAAAGAAUUCUUAAAAUUAUUGGAAAUUUGUGAAUUAUUGAAUAUAAAUGAUUUACAAGAUUUUAAAGACUUUUAUGAUGAAAAUAAAAACAACCUAAGCACAAAUGAAAUUGAAAAUAUAAUAUCACUAAGAAAUGACAUUCCUGAUGAUUUUUUAAAAUCAAUUAAGUUAUAUAUGAAUUUGAAGAUUUAG